AUGCGGGAACUGACACGGCAUACAGACUCAAGAACGGCAUAUCAGCUCAGUCUCCUGAAGCUGGGUUUUUCAGGUGAUGAGGCUAAAGACGUCUCUCUUGCGCCGGUGUUUACUGGCCCCGUGCUCUAUACACAGCCCAACUUGGUACCGUCGCAAUAUGGUUUGUUGGCCGGUGUCUUAGAGCUCCGUGCGUUAGGAUCUCCGGACCUGGAUAGCCAGGCUUAUGGAGAAGACCCCCGUCUUUUCUUCAACCACACCCUUUCCUGUUUACUCGAGGGGUGCUUGAUUCCGUCUGCGGCUGGCCAACUUCAUAAUCCUCUGACAGCAGUUGUAUUCCAUUACGACACAUUCAUCGGCGACCAGGGCGGUUCACCGUGCGAGGCUGCCUUCCUCGCCACCAGUCCCAAAUGUCCAAGUGAGGGUUCUCUGUGCCCCCAACAAAUUUCCGAAAUAUUCAGGUUCAAAAUCCGUGUUCACCCGCUCCAAAUAAAUCAGCAAGACCUGAACACAAAACGUAUGCUGGAUCUCAUGACAGCAGGCCAAGGGAGCAGUUCUGGCCCCCUGUACCUCCAUACUGUGCAGCGAGUCUUGAGGGAAAUGCGCCUUCUACAGCAGGUUUCUGGAGGGAGAUUCGACUAUCAGGACUUUAAGAAACGGAUUUUUGAUUCUGAUCUCCUGCCCUCCCAGCAACAGCCUCUACGGCAACGCCUGGACAUCCUCGAGAGCUUUAUGCCCAGCCAGCAAAUCAUUGCAAGCACGAGUAAAAAGGGGAAAAAGGCAGUUAAUGACGCCGGAACUAGCUGGUCGCCAAAGACAGGGUGUGGAAUCAGCAGCUGGGUUGCGGCUAACAGAAAGACCUUAAGUGACUCGGCCAAGGCCUGCGCUGUCCUGAAGGCGGUGAGCCACCUACAAGACUUCCUCACAACAACAAUCCUUCUUUCUCCUUUCUUCUUUAGCGAUUCCUUCUUUAUGAGGAGACCUUUUACUAUGAUAAUGGAAGAAGAAAGCAGAACUACAGGCUGUACAGAACUCACAGCUAAGAAACCAUCUACCAGUUACUACUACAGUUAUAUCUGUAAUGCCUAUCCCUUACAAACAAAGCUAUCCCUGUCCUUGUCACCUGGAUAUUGA